AUGAUAGAACUUCAUCUUACUAUCGAUUUACCUUCGACCUUCGGUGUGGCUAGCACUCUGAUACAUCCUGCUACUUAUGUUAACAAAGUUGUGAUAGCCUCUGAGCAAGGCGGUUUGGCAAUUUACAACGUUCAAAUCGGUGCUCUCAUUCACAUGUUCCAGCCGAGCUUGUUUUCCAGACCGACCAAAUGCAGAUCCAAGGGUGCCAAGGUUCCGAUCACUUAUAUGGCACAGGGCCCUGCUGUCGACAUUCUGGCCGUUGGUUUCGCCGAUGGGUGGUGCAGCUUGGUAGACAUUCGCUUCGGAGAAGAGAUUCUGGCUGUUAAGAUGGGAUCUGAUUCACCUGACGAUCCCAACGAGUCAAUCACAGGCAUAGCUUUUCGAUCGGAUUCCGAUUGUCAACUCCUCGUUACUAGCUCCUCUCAGGGACACCUGGCUAUCUGGAACAUGAACCAAUCUGGACAGCUCUUGCACAUCCUUCGCGAAGCCCACGACUCCGCUGUAUCAGGUGUACAAUUUUUGCCGGGUCAGCCUAUCAUGCUUACCGCUAGUGGUGACAAUAGUAUCAAGCUAUGGUUGUUCGAAACCCCUACCGGCCUGCCUCGAUUGCUCAGUCAGCGCUCUGGACAUCAAAAGCCUCCACAGCUGAUAAAAUAUUACGGCGAUGACGGUAAAACAAUUAUCAGUGCGGGUAAAGAUGGAACUUUACGCUCCACCAGCGUGGUCCGAGACUCGAGAAGUUUUGAAAUUAGUCAAGGCUCACUCGCCAAAAAGGCUUCUCAAUUGGCUACGCCUGUUUCAUCGCUACGGCUGCCUCCUGUAACUGGCUUAUCAUAUUCCACGUCGAGAGCCAAGGAUUGGGACAAUCUCUUAACAUCUCACGAGGGACAUCCUGAAGCGAAGUCGUGGUCAGUCCAGAACAAACGGAUAGGAAAACAUUCCUUUUCGCUCACCAGUCACACAUCCUUCAAGCUAGCUCCCCCAGAAGAGGUUACGCGAUGUGUUUGUGUGACAGCAUGUGGAAACUAUGGCUUAUCAGGAACUCAUGGUACUGGCCGAAUAGGCAUGUGGAACAUGCAAAGUGGCAUGAAACGAAGAGAGUUUAUUAUACCGACUUCUUCGAAGGUCCGGGCAACUAAGACUGAUAGCAAGGUAAUGGGAAUCGCGACGGAUGUUCUGAACCGCUUUGUCAUCAUCUUGACACAUCCGGGAAUCAUCUACUUCUAUGAUUUUAUGUCGGCAAAACUCUCUCAUACUAUCACCCUGCCAUGCGCUUCUUCUAUCAUGCUUCUACAGCGUGAUAAUGGUCUUCUUGCAGUCGCGUGCGAGGACCGUCAUGUCAGAGUGUUGGAUAUCGAAACUAGGCGGACUGUGCGAGAGUUGGGUCCGCUUCCCAAGCCGGUGCUUGACAUGGUUUUUUCACCAGAUUCGCGUUGGCUCGUAGUGACGAGUGCGGACUCUGUGAUCCGGACGUACGAUCUUCCCACUGGCUCGUUGAUUGAUGCAUUCCGGACCCAUAGUGUCGCUACUUCAAUCACCUUCUCACCAACGGGCGACUUCUUAGCUUCGGCACAUGUCGAUAGUGUUGGAGUGUUUCUUUGGGCGAAUCGGGCCCAGUUUGCCGAAGUUAGUUAUAAGAGUCUCGCAAAAGACGCUGAAAUCCCUACACUUGAAACUCCCCUCUUUGAAGGCGUCGAGGACCACACAACAAGUAUCUUGGAAAGUACUCCCAGAUCGGGAACUUGGCAGGAAGAUAGUUUGGAAGAAGGAUUAUCCUUGAUCCCGGAUCCAUCCUCAGAUGGAUCGAUUACAUUAUCUUUAAUGCCGAAGUCCAAGUGGCAGUCUUUACUGAACCUUGAGAUUAUCAAGGCUCGGAAUAAGCCAAAAGAACCUCCCAAGACAGCAGAGGCGGCUCCUUUCUUUUUGCCCACUUUGUCCACAAACGGCCGUAAAGUCGGUUUGGAUAGUAUCUCAGGGGAGACAACAUCUACAACUCAAGCGGAUAACGGAUCUAAGAAGCGAAAGUUCGACCUCGGCGACAGUGCUUUGGUUGAAUCAGAAUUCACCAGAAGACUGAUGAAAGAUGAAUCUGAUAAAAAUUAUGAAGAUCUCUUCGAAUACGUCAAAAACCUAUCGCCAUCGGCCCUAGACAUCGAGCUGCGCUCCAUCACUACAGAUGAUCAAAUGAAGGCACUUUUACGAGCUCUUACUGUACGAUUGACAUCAGGAAAAGAGUUUGAAAUGAUUCAAGCUAUCCUGAGCGUAUUUUUGAAGAUUCAUGGUCAAGAGAUCAUUGAUAUCAGAGAAGAUCUUCCGGGAGACCUGUUAUUGAUUGCUCAAGAAGCUGCAACUUCUAAAUUGAAAAGAUUAGUAGAUUAUGGGAUUGGUGUUAGUGCGUUUGUUAGAGGUGCUACAGGGGUGGUAUGA